GAAGAAUGUUCCAGCACCGAGCACCCCUAUAAAAAGCCGUACAUGGAGACAUCCCCCAGUGAGGAGGACGCCUUCUACCGCUCGGGCUACCCUCAGCAACAGGGUCUGAGUACCUCGUACAGGACAGAGUCAGCCCAGCGGCAGGCCUGCAUGUAUGCCAGCUCCGCUCCACCCAGCGAGUCCGUGCCUAGCCUGGAGGACAUCAGCUGUAACACAUGGCCCAGCAUGCCUUCAUACAGCAGCUGUACGGUCACCACCGUGCAGCCCAUGGACCGGCUCCCCUACCAGCACUUCUCCGCUCAUUUCACCUCGGGGCCUCUGGUCCCUCGGCUGGCUGGCAUGGCCAACCAUGGUUCUCCCCAGCUCGGCGAAGGGAUGUUUCAGCACCAGACCUCCGUGGCCCAUCAGCCUGUGGUCAGGCAAUGCGGGCCUCAGACUGGCCUUCAGUCUCCAGGCGGCCUCCAGCCCCCCGAGUUCCUCUACACUCACGGCGUGCCCAGGACCCUGUCCCCCCACCAGUAUCACUCGGUACACGGCGUUGGCAUGGUGCCAGAGUGGAGUGAGAAUAGCUAAAGGCUGACCUAUG